AUGAAAUUUACUCAGUCCUUAGUCUCCUUAGCCUUGGCAACCGUUGCUGUUGCCUCUCCUACCGCCAUCGUCGAUAAGAGAGCUACAACAAAAUGUGGGCAAUGGGAUACUUUCCAAACCGGAACUUAUACUAUCUACCAAAACCUCUGGAACAUUACUGGUUUCACCGGUUCUCAAUGCACAACUCUCACUUCAGACACAAGUAAUACUCUUGUCUGGUCCACUGCCUGGUCGUGGGCAGGAGGAUCUUCUCAAGUCAAGUCCUAUGCAAACGUAGGACUUACUAUGUCACCUAAGGAGGUCUCUACCAUUAAAAAGAUCCCAACUACCUGGAAAUGGAGCUACACUGGUUCCAAUCUCGUUGCUGAUGUAUCCUAUGAUCUAUUCUCUUCGGCUAAAGGAACUGGCGCUGCGGACUUCGAGAUUAUGAUCUGGGUCGCUGCCCUUGGUGGUGCAGGACCAAUCUCAGCAACCGGAAAACCUGUUGCAACUGUAACCAUCGCCGGAGUGUCAUGGAAACUCUACACCGGACUCAAUGGCUCAACUACAGUGCAUUCUUUCGUCGCAGCCAGCUCAGUUACCAAUUUCUCUGGUGAUUUGAAGGAAUUCCUUACAUACUUGGUCACAUACCAAAAGUACCCAGCCACCCAAUUACUUACAACAAUCCAAGCUGGUACCGAACCAUUCACCGGUUCCAAAGCUGUCUUCAGCACCUCCGCCUACAGCGUCUCCUUGAGUUAA